UUGUGAAAUCUGUGCAGGGUGGAACAGUAAUCCUGGUAGUUUAAUUUACUCCUUGCGCCAGAACCCUCCUCCGCCCGGGAUCCUCCUACCUGAGAAACCUCAAACAGAAUAACAGACAUAAUGAUACUUACUAGAAGCAGAAAACAUAAGGGUAUGCACACCAUGAUUAUAAUCACGUAAAAUAUGCGUCCGUGUACUAUUCUAAGACUCUACAGGAAGGGGAACUUUGUAAAUGUGAUACAUUAGAGGGGUGAGUUUCCCCCGUUCAUUCGUUACUGUUGCUAAAAAUGUCAUACAGAAAAAGACAAAAAGUUGACAGAUAACUUAAAAAUGGUGUUAUUUUUCCAAGAGAUGUACUUCUUUUACACUAAACAUCUUUCCUAUUUUGUCCCGAUUGGUCACAAAUGUAUGCUCUUUUUACAGAGGAGAAAAUACUGCCCCCGUUGAAGAACAAAGCUGAACCUACAAAUCUGGCUUCUGAGUUAAGAGAAAAAUGGGUGAUUAAUCCAGAAGAGCCAAAAUUAGAGAUUUUAUGUCAGCUGGAGUUUAAGGACGACUUCAUCAAACUGUUUGAGCCUUCUCUGAGAACAUUACCCAGCAUUGGGCCACCAUCCAUUUUGACAUACAAACCAGAGAUUUCCAAUAUAAACAUUAAAUACAAGGAGGAAGAGGAGGAGCUAUUGCCUAAGUGUGAAUACUGUGGAAGCGAUCUACGAACAUUCCUUUCCCGUAUGGAUUUUUACUCUGACUAUGCUAGCAUUCAACCAAUAAAACGCGACUCCUGUUGUGUUCAUUUCCAAAAUCUAGUCGAAUAUAUCUCUGUUGAAGAACAAAAAAUCCAAAGCUCUGGUGAUGAACUGAUCUGCAUUAACCCUCACGCAGCCCACGGCAGUGAAGUCGAUAGACUCAAAGCAAAGGAAAAAGCCCUGCGGAGAAAACAGGAGCGACAAAUGGCCAGACGUCUUGCAGUAGUAUCAAAUGAAGAGGCUAAUUUCUCGGAAGAAGAGUCAAGGCGCUUAAAAACAAUUUCUUAUCAACUCUCCGUGGAUAUUCCAGAAAAGAAGCUAUCUGAAAAGAGUAUGUUUGAUUUUCAAGCAGAAACCAUUAUCUGUUGUGAUUCUAGGAUAGCGUGUGGAAAGACUCUCAUGGAGGACGAACUCUUAGAGAAGAACUACAAACACGGGAACAAGUUUCUGACUUCAUUUCCAGAUGGGACAACACAAAUAUUCUACCCAUCUGGAAACCUAGCCAUCAUCCGAGUGCCCAACAAGAUAAAUGGCUUCACCUGUAUAAUCCAAGAAGACAUGCCCGCUAACCCUGCGAUCCUGGCGCUGCUGGAUUCCUCUGGCAGAAGUUCCUGCUAUCACCCCAAUGGAAAUGUCUGGGUAUGCAUCAAUAUCUUGGGAGGUCAGUAUUCAGAUCAAGCAGGCAACAGAGUCAGGGCUUGGAAUUGGUCAAGUUCUGUCGCUUCCAUGCCCUUCGUUUCAUUCAAACCGGUCUUUUUGGCUUUGAACCAUUACAUUGGAGUUCGCAUUUUAGAACAAGACAAAAUUUCAAUCACUUUUCUAGCAAUGGGCCAACAGGCAAGAAUCAGCGUCGGAACCAAAGUGAAGCUACCAAACCCUGAGGAGAUUCCAGUCCUCCGAUACCUGAGUGGGGAUGACCUUCUUCUGCUGGCCAGCUUAAUAAAGAUUCGACGCCUAUUUCAUAAACUAGAAGGAUGUGUGAAUUUUCCCUCAAGCCAAGUUUGGGGUAAACUAAAGCAACCCUCUUACCUUUCUUCACUGUCUCUAAAGCUAAUUGCCCUCUGUCACAAUUCCGGUAUAAAGCAAGAUACAAUGGCAACAAUAACAGGUAUAAUAAAUGAGAAAAUUUAACUAAGGGUGAUGGUGCUUUCGUUUGUUUUUUGAGGGAGGUUUUUUUUGGUGGGGGAGGGUAGGAAGGUUUAAGAAAAGUGUACAAAAUGCUUAGGAAAUACCAAGAAACAUGCCUUGUUAUAAAUUUAGAAUUGAGAGCACAUCCUCAUUUGUCUUGGUGGGAAAACUAAACAACUUACUUACUGGACACCAGAGAAUGAGCAAAUCAGCAGAAGUGUCGGCAUCAGUCUGGGUUCUAACGGAAAUAAAGAAAGCAGGAAGGAAUUAGAUGUUUACCGAAACCGGAAACCUUUGGAAGGGCUGGGGAAGGGAAAGUCAGGGAAAAUCCCUGCUGGCUUUCGGGAAAUCAGAAAG